AUGCAAGCGGGCAUCGCGUUCCACGCCGGCGGCCUCCAGCGCGCCCACACCUCCCAACUGCCCACCGCCUCCGCCUCUUCGCUGCAUUCGCGCAUGACUUCGACGUCAACCCCCGGGCCGUCCGCCCUCAUGUCCCACCAGAGCUUCCAGAGCCAGUACAGCAGCUUCUCGCACAACAGCGCCCGCGACACGCAGGCCACCAAUGCCACGGCCGCCUCGACGCUGUUCGGCCAGACGCCGCCCGCCUUCCCCACGCUGGCGACUCCCGUCAACGGCGGGCCCGUCGAGGCCAGCGACAACGUCCUCAACAAGCGCGCCGACAAGGACACGUCGCUGUUCCAGCGAUGCAUGACGCUGGCCCUGCGCCUGCGCGUCAUUCCCGGCUUCGAGCGCUGGCUGGUCGAGGAGGAGGAGCGCGCCGACGACGACGAUGGCCCCGUCGACCCCGUGACGCUGCUGUGGCGCACUUUCCGGAGGGGCUACCCGUUGAUGGACCUGUACAACGCCCUGGGGCCGCCCACCCUGCUGGGCAUCCCGAGCGCAAAAGCCGACGAGAAGAGCCAGAAGAAGCACGAGAAGAUGGCUACGUACAAGUUCAUCCAGGCCUGCGUCAACGAGCUGGGCAUCGCGCAGGAGAGCUGCUUCAUCCUGACGGACCUGUACGGCGACGACACGACUGGCUUCGUAAAGGUCACCAACGUUGUCAACCGCGUCCUUGAUUCGCUUGUCCAGAUGGGCAAGAUCAACCCCGCCGCCGCCAGCCUCGAUGAUGCCCUGGUCUGCUCGACCAUCAAGCGCUCGCAGCGCGAGUACAUCAUCGACGAGCUGGUCAAGACCGAGCGCACCUACGUCCAGCACCUCGAGCUUCUGCAGGAGUUCAAGAAGCUCGUCGAGGAGAAGGGUGUCAUCAGCGGCGACCAGAUCCAUGACAUCUUCCUCAACCUGAACGCCCUCCUCGAUUUCCAGCGCCGAUUCCUCAUCCGCGUCGAGCAGACCAAUGCGCUGCCCGCCUCCGAGCAGAACUGGGGCAACCUCUUCGUGCUGUACAAGGAUGCCUUCAAGGUCUACGAGCCAUACAUUGCGAACCAGAAGAAGUGCGAACAGAUCGCCAUGCGCGAGUUCGACAAGCUGAAGGAGACUGGUGGAACCCCCGAGAUGCGCCAGAUGGUCGAAUCGCCCACGCUCCUCACCUCUUUCCUCCUCAAACCUUUCCAGCGCUUGACGAAAUACCCAUUGCUGCUUUCGCAACUGCAAAAGAACGGCGACCUCGACGAGCAAAGAAAGGACGACCUGGUCCGCGGUAUUGAAGCCGCGUCCUCUGUACUCGCUGGCACAAACGACGCCAUUGCCCGCGAAGAGCGUGUUGAAGCUGUCGAAGAGCUGAAGACCCUGGUAGAAGACUGGAAGGGCCACCGCAUCGAAGGCUUUGGCGAUCUCCUCCUCUACGGCCAAUUCACUGUGCUCAAAGGUGACAGUAUGAGCUCCAAGAACGAAGAGCGCGACUACAAAAUCUACCUUUUCGAAAUGAUCCUCCUCUGCUGCAAGGAGAUCAACGUCAACAAACCAAAGAACAAGAUGUCCACAAGGUCACUAGUCACAAAAGACGGGAAGCCAAAGCUGCAGCUGAAGGGCCGCAUAUUCAUGCAGAACGUCACAGAGACUAUCUCGUUACAAAAACCAGGUUCCUACACAUGCCAGAUCUUUUGGAAGGGCGAUCCAGGAAUCGAGAACUUCAUCAUUCGAUUCACCUCGGAGGAAACCAUGAAGAAGUGGGCUGCGCAAGUCGACGCGCAAAGACGCGUAUGGAAGGAGCAGGCACGCUCCAGCGCGAGCACAUCAGCCUCCAAACCUUCAGACACCAACUUCACCUACAUGGCUGGUCUCAACGUGGAGAACCCGUAUACGGAGCAGGACGACGAGGACGAGGACGACGAGCCUCCUACCGGCUUCCCACGAGACAGCUACGGAGUAAAGCAGAACAGUGUGAACGGUUCUCCACGAUCACGAUCAACGACUGGCGAGAGUGGCCCACCGAUGGACGGCAUGGAUCCAAGGGUCGCACCUCCACGAUUUCCUAUGGGUUACAAUGGUGCCUCUCAGCCGCCACUGACAUUGCGCACACAGCAGCUUCAGAACUCAGGUGCGAUAGAGUCUCACUUCUCACCUGUCGUAGAAACUCCCAUGUCUUCUUACUCCAACGCGCGAACCAGUUCAUCAUCUGCAGGCACAUUCCCAUUCCCUCGACAAACACCACCAAAUGGUUAUUCUAUGGAGGAGAACAACAGAUACACAGCGCCGGCGCCAUCCCGUGGUCAUGGUCGUGAACCGUCCGGUCAGUAUACCGCCGCGCGCGCUCAACGGCCGUCUUUGCCAGCCAAUGCCAGUAUGUCAUCUCACGGUCAACGUCUGCGGGCAGCUAGUAGCCCCGACAUUCAUAAUGGUAACGUGCCACGUAAAGGACCGAGCGGACCCGUACCGGAUGUACCACCUUUCCCAACACACUACGCUUACAACGCUGCGAUUGUAAACCGCAGCCAAAGCAAUUCACCGAGUGGCCUGCCACCAAGAGCAGGCACUCAAUCACCCGCGAUCCAGAGAGAUCGUCUUAUUCAGCAAAGAACAGCUGCCGAGCUCUCUACACUGGGCGAUUACCCAGGUGGGGCAGCUCGCCGCGAUCCAGGUUUUGCGCCCAUGUCCCGUACGAUGACACCUACAUCCUCAUUCGAGCGAACGAUGACACCGGCUUCGAUGGACUCACGGAACAUGUCGCCACCACUUGCGGCAGAGCAUUCUAACAUCCCAAGUCAGCUGAAAGUCAAGGUUCAUUGCCCUUCAGCCGGAAGCUCCAUGGUGUUGGUCGUCAGUACCAAUAUCAGCUUCCAGUCGCUCAAGGACCGCAUUGAUGCCAAGCUCCAGCGAUCAACACCAGUGUCGCUUGCUUCCGGUCAGGUCAAGCUGAAGUACCUCGACAGCGAGGGCACAUACGUCAGUAUCCAGUGCGACGACGACGUUCAGGAAGCGUUCGAGAACUGGCAAGAGCAGCAGCGAGAUCUGAAUCCCGGUGGCGGACAACUGGGAGAGAUCGAGCUCUUCUGCCAGCGAUGA